UAUCUACGCUAUCAAAACAGACGGAACAGUAGCCGGAGCUGCGAUUGCAUGCCAAACAUAGGAGUGUGGUAGUUUUCGACGCUAUAUGUAAGCUACCAGUUCUCCUUUAUGUUUUUGGCUUUGCGAUCAGGAAUUAUAUAAAAAUUAGGCCAGCAUAUCUUGAACUAACUGGUUUAUUACUUUGCCUGAACCAUCGAAUAAUCGUAAGGUAUGGAAGAGGGAGGGUUUGAUCCCUGUGAGUGCAUCUGCUCUCAUGAACAUGCCAUGAGGAGACUCAUCAACCUGCUGAGACAGUCCCAGGCGUACUGCACAGAUACUGAGUGCCUUCAGGAGUUGCCCGGGCCGAGUUCUACGACCGGAGGCGAUCUCACCCUGCCCAUGAUUAUUAUGGGAUGGAUGGUGCUGGCCUUCGUCCUGUUCCUGUUCCGCCCUAGCAGUUUGAGAGGUCCUGGGGUCGGAACCAAGCCCAUGGGGCCUCGCAAUAAUCAUGGUAGAGAACCACCAGCCCCACCUGUGGACUAGCGUCAGAACCAGGACGCCAAAGUUCUACCGACGGCCAACGACCUGGACCUGACCUUGUACGACCUCUGACCCCUCCCAGACCCAAUCAGCUACCGUUACCUAGAUUGUCUUUUGCCGUUUACCCGAUCAACCAAUUAAAUUUUCUCUAGUUUCUGAUUCUCUAUCUUUGUUUUCAUAGUAAGGCUGAUCCUUUCCUUGGCUAGAGGGUGGGUUUCAGUACAAAGCAAUUUAACACGAAGAACAAAAAAAAAAAAGAGGAAAAAUGGGUCUUUAAUCCCAAAGUAAAUUUCAUUUGAAAUGGAUGUGAAUUUGGACACGACAAAGUCUCUUGAGAGAAGUUUCUGAGGGCACAAGUUUUCUGGGUUUUUUUUACUUCUUUCGUGAGACUUUCGUGAGAUUCGUUGGACUUUUUGUGAGUCUACACGUACACAUUGAAAUGUUCUGCAAGAAUUAAUAGUGGCAUUGGGAGGGAUAUUACAGUUCCUGACUAAAGGACCGGCGGAAUCUAAAUCUUAGUGCAGAUUUGACAUUUUGACUGUGGAAUUCGAACGUUGUUUCUCUUGAAGUUGAAGAAAGCGUUCUGUGUUAAUAGUUUGGAAGGCAAUGUUUUUAUUUGGGAUGGAAACCGUUGGCCUUGGUGACAAAAAAACAAAAAAAAAAAAAAAAAAGAUUUUUUUAUAGCAUAGUUUUAAGCAGAAGUGGUGAUAAGAUUUCUCACAGGGUGGAGGUUUCUUCACAUUCCACAGCCAUGUUAUAAUCUCAGGCUGUAAUAUGUGAGGUCAUAAGAUAAUGUAGCUUACUGGACCUCGGUACUGCAUCGUAUGUUCUCUCCACAUUUCAGACUCAUGCCGGAAAAAAUGACAAGACAGUGACUCAGUCUGACCCAUUGUCUGCUUCUGACAGUUAAAUCAUUUUCUUUAAAAGUGAUCUUCUUUGUGAAUUCAGCCUUUGUUGUGAACUCUAGAAAUUGUUGUUGGUGUUGCCUCUGUUCAUUUCAUUGCCGUUAAGGGGUUUUAAGAACUUGUGGCAGAAAAGCCUGGUUUUAGGCUAAAAAAAAAAAAUCAGAAUCAAGUUUUUCUGUGAGCCUUCAGGUGUCCUCAUUGAAGUCUACUUGUAACUUCGAUCAUAUUUUGUGUCCUGUCUAUCUAGAUAUCUAGACUACUGAACAAUAGUGUUUGCUCAAGGCCAGUAAGAAAAAUUCAUUCUCACAAAGUAAAUGCGUUUAAAUGUGAGGGUAAUUCUUACUGAUUGGAAAGUCAAGUGAUUGUCAUUUUUUUUUGUCCCUUAAAAGUUCAUUUUCACCUACCAAAUAGUAAUUCAUUUAUUUCAGUACACCAUAUCAAAUUAGAAAUGGAAUUUUAUGAACAUGUAUUCAACAGUUGUGUAUCUUAAAAUGAAUUGUACACGUUAAACAUAUGUAUUGUCUUAUAUAUAGUGUAAUACAGGGCUUUUCAACUUUCAACUUGUCUUCAAUUUCAGUUAGCCAGAUAACCAUCUAACAGGGGAGCCGUUAAGGAACAGGCCGCUUGGACAGUUACGAUCCACCCCAAUACCCCCACCCUCCGGAAAUUUGGCUAACUGAAAGGUCCUGCCUUACAGAAUACCCCUCAAGACAUCCUUUUUUAUUGUCACGGGUAUAGACUGUCACUUAUUUGUUGAAGAACCUGUUUGUCUGAUAAAAUUCAGCGCUAAAUUAGGGGGUUUCUUUCAUAAAACAGCCGGACCAACCUUUGGAGACAACAUUGUAUACGCCUACCUUUGAGUUUUCUUUUAUAAUGGAGUAUCUAGUGUCUAGCCUUUGCCCUACCGCUACUCAGCGCUUGUUACGACGCCUAGUUUAUGGAUGAGGCUGUCGUCUCCUUUUUUUUUCGGUCAAAGUUGGCACUCGUGAAAUCUGAGUCAUGACGCCCAGUCUAUAAUGGAAAAAAAAACGUACUUAACGUUUUUCUUUUUUUCUAUAAUGAUGAAUUGAAUCCAUGCAUUUUUAGAUAACUUAAAUGACUACGCUUCGGUUGUGGAGAGCGGUAAAUACCUGUCGCAGUGUAAUUCAUUGAUGGUAUGUUCAUUAUUUAUGGCUAUUUGUCCUUACUGUAGCAGAGGGAGAAAUGGGGAUUGUCCUUUGCUUCAAGCAUGGGUCAAUAAUAACUUUUUAUCGAUGAGACUCAAUACUCAACACGACAAAGGGCUUCCACUAUGCACUUUUCAUACCACAAAUAAAUAUGAGUUAUUCGACUA